UCCUCAGCACUCCUGACGCUAUACAGUAAAAAGCUGUUUCCAGGGAUUACACUCUGCACGCUCUUCUGCUUAGUAACAACCCAUUUCCUCAGCUGAGAGACACUUAUUUGUGCACCUCUCUUAAGUGGCUGCUUUCUAGAGAGAACAGACAUCUUCACAUGCACUAUUUUGUAUAUGCCAAGGAAUGUAGCUGACCAUUUCUUUCUUGGGGACUUUUGCCUCAAUAAAUCCAGCUAUGGCAAAGAAUUGCUCUGGAUGCAAGGAGAAGAGGCCUGCCCACAGUUUAUGUACUAGCUGUAACAAAUGGCUGUGCAGCUUGUGUACAGAGGAACACAGACACAACAAAGAACCAGAAGAGCAUUUCUCGCCUAUUCCACUGAAAGGAUGUUCAGGAGCUGAUGGGGAAACAAGUGAAUUUCCCUUGUUUUGCCCUAUGCACAGUCAAGAGGCACUCAAACUAUUUUGUGAGACCUGUGAUGUCCUUACUUGCCGCUGCUGCCUUCUGAUAGAGCACAAAGAACACAGGUUCAGGCAUCUUCACGAAGCUUUGCAAAACCAAAGAGCUAUCCUGGAAAAUGUCAUGGCUAAAGUGGAAGAGAAGAAAAAUGGAGUUCAGGUCUCAGCCAAGCAGACUGAAGACAGAUUGUUUGAAGUAAAACAUCUGCAAAGAAAAGUAGAAAACCAGAUAAAAAUGGCCAAGAUGGUCCUGAUCAGUGAAAUAAAUAAGCGAGCAAAUGUUCUCCUCGAACAGCUAGAGAGGAUCUCCAGCGAAAGGAAGCAGAAACUAGAACAACAGCUUCAGGGCAUCAUGAUUCUAAACAGGCAAUUUGAACAUGUGCAAAACUUUCUCAGUUGGGCAGUGUGCAGUAAAAAUGAUGUUCCAUUCCUCUUCAGUAAGGAACUGAUUGUGUUUCAGAUCCAACGUUUGGUAGAAACAAAUUCUAACACAGACAUGGGCCCUCCUUGGAAGAUCAGAUUCACGUGGGACCCCUCUUUCUGGACUAAACAACUCUCCAAUUUAGGUCAUUUGUCAAUGGAGGGAGGGCCAAACCAUAACUCAGAUGGAUCAGCAUAUGGAAGUAUGCAUGGAAUGCCACCUUAUUUGUAUCAUCACAACCAUGGACACCAUUCCCCAGCACCACAUCAGGACUCUCUCAAUAACCAGUCACACCAAUUCCACCCUCCUAUUCACUGCCCAACACCCAUGUGCUGCACCCAUUGCCUUAAUAUUCCACAUAUGAGUAAAGGGCAACUCCCCCAUCAAACCAUGAGCUACCCUCAAUCUUUCAGGCAGCCUCCUGAAAUGCAGGAGCAGCAUUUCCCUGUGCAGUAUAACCUGCAGCAGCCUGACCGAGAACAGCGGUGUACCUUGCGACCCUUGAAGACACUGCAACCCUGCGCAGAACAGAAAUUUCACCAUGAACAUGAUAAUGAAUCAGACAGGAUGGGGAAGCAUCUCCAAGACCAACCAGUGCCCCAUGCUGGCCAUAACCUUUAUAAUUUUCCAUCACAGGAUGAUCAGCAAGGCCAUGCUAGCCAUGCUCCACAGUUGCUGGCACCAUCUGCAGUGCAUUGUCCAACAGUGCAAGUUCAACUUGGUCCACUACAGAAACUAAAGCUGAAUCAGUCACAGCAGCAAAAGGUGCAGCAGCAGGAAUCGCCGCUACCUCCCCCUGAGCUGUCCCCACAGCAGUCAUCCCCUUUGAGUCCCAAUGGGAAGGCUCGGGAUCAAGUGAUACAACAGAAUUUGGACAUCAUGCACCAUCAGUUUGAACUGGAGGAAAUGAAGAAAGAUUUGGAGCUUCUCCUCCAAGCCCAGCAACCAAGCCUGCAGCUGAACCAAGCCAAGCAGCCCCAACAUGUUCAGCAAACAAUUGUUGGUCAGAUAAACUACAUUGUGAGACAGCCCACCGCAGUUCAGCAACAAAGUCAGGAGGAAGCAAAAGUUGGUGAAGAUUCUAUUGAGCCAGAAGCCUCAAACCCAGCACUCCCCUUUGACAGAAAUGAAAUACCAUCUACAUCCCAGCCAUUAGAAGAACCUAUUGUCAAAAUUCACUCUCCAGAGAGUACUUUGAAUUCAGUCAGAAAGCAACCAUCUUCCUUGAACAUUGCAGGCAUUCCAAAUGCUGUAGAUAUGGACUUGUCUUCUGCAAGGGUUUCCAAGUCAUCUGGUCCUCAGGCAAAAGAAAUCCCCCAUGUAACAUCCUGCCAGUCCCAGAAUAUGCCAAUUUCUUCUGAUGUGCCACCUAAAAUUGUUCCUAAUUAUAGCUUGGAUUUGGAUAGGAAUAAAAAUGACCUGUCCACUAACAAUACUGACCAUAUAGCAACUGGUGGAAUGCCCCUGCUGAGCACAGUGUGCAAGCUGGAAAGUGAAGACUUUGUUUCAGCAAGUUUCAGUCUUGGAAGCAACUCCAUCAUCACUCCACCAGAGUCAAAAGACACUGACACCUUAGCUCUUCCUAUGCACAAUAUUCUGGAAGAACCUAUUAAUCUUUCAGUAAAGAAGACUCAACCAUGUGUCUCUCCUUCCAUACAUGCCAGCAACUCUGAUCGUAUACAGUCACCUAAUUCAACUCCAAAACACAGUGAAGAUUGCCAUAAAUGCGAGGAGAAACAUUUUGAAAUGGAGGAUAAAAAUAAGCAGAGCAGCAGGACUUGUGCAAGAGAGGUGAAAGUCCCUUACGUGAGACUGGAACGACUGAAAAUACACACAUCAGAUUCUGGAGAGCUUCCAGUAUUUAAACUCCAGCCACAAAAGAAUGAACAUGACGGGACUUUCCUGCUAAUAAUUGAAUGUGGUGCUCAGUCUUCAAGCAUGGCUAUAAAGAUCAAUCAAGGAAACUCAUCUGAAAGACUGAACCCCAUGUCCUUGGAAAAGAGAAGGAUUCUUGCAAACCAAUCUGAGCAAAUGUCACUUCCUUCUGUAGCUCACAGGCUAAGUAAUAGCGUGAAAAAAUCAGUGCUUUCUGAGGAAGACCAUCCCAUUGAGAAUGAGGACUUUUGUGCUGUGUGUCUAAAUGGAGGAGAGCUAUUGUGCUGUGAUUACUGCCCAAAGGUGUUUCAUCUCUUAUGCCAUGUUCCUGCUUUGCUUAGCUUUCCUGUAGGUGAAUGGGUGUGUACACUUUGUAGCAAUGUGGAGAAACCAGAAGUAGAAUAUGACUGUGAAAACACACGUUUCAACUGCAGUAAUGCGAUCAUGCCAGCAAGAGAAAUGCAUGAUCUUGAUGACUAUGACCAAAAGAAAUGUGAGAAACUGGUGCUUUCACUACUCUGCAAUAACCUGAGUCUUCCAUUCCAUGAGCCAGUCAGUCCUCUGGCUCGGCAUUAUUAUCAGAUCAUCAAAAGGCCCAUGGACUUAUCCACCAUCCGGAAAAAGCUCCAGAAAAAGAACAAAUUGCAUUACUCCACCCCCGAUGAGCUUGUAGCAGAUGUGCGUCUUAUGUUCUGGAACUGCGCAACAUUCAACUAUCCUGAUUCAGAGGUUGCUGAAGCUGGACGAUGCCUGGAAAUAUUCUUUGAAAGCAAACUGAAGGAGAUUUAUCCAGAAAAACAAUUCUCGUUGGUACAGCAAGAUGAUUCUGAUUCAGAUGACGUGGAGCACGACACAAACCAAGUGGCUGCCAAAGGAUUCCAGUGGCCUUCCUAUAGACCAGAGUGCAUUCAGCCAAAAAGAAGGCGACGACAUGCUGAGAGUGAAAAAACUAAAAGACCAAUGUUUUGGCCAGCGAAAGGCCUUUCUCAAGUGUGAUCUCUGGACUCAUGUUUAGAAUGCCAUGAAGAACAAAAUCAAAGAAUUGACUGUAUGAAAGCUGAUCAAAAUGUCACUGAGAAGUUUCACUUGGACUGCACUCUAGUGGUUGACCAACAUCAUUUCUAGACCAUUUGGGAAUAUUGUUGUCAGCAUAAUGUAAAUUCAGUGGCUAGUCUCCCAGCUAUCUUUAUCUAAUAAGUUGUAUUCACAUCAAUAUUUUAGCCAAAUACUGUAGCGUUUAAUACAAUUAGGGCAAUUGUUAUACUGUUCUUAAAAUUAUGUUAUACAUUUACAUUACAUAUCAUAGCUAACAUUAGUCUUCUGGCAAGCUUACCAUUUCAGGGCAGCAAAGACUCUAUACUGGAUUAAAGUCAGGAGCCAUUUUACCAUAGAGGGUCCAUCUUCUUCUGUACUGAAUAAAACUUAUUCUAUGCUUUUUAUGGUAUGAAAAAUA